AUGGUGCUUUUCCGAGCCAACACGGCGAUACGAGCCGCCAGGAACGUGCGGUCCCGCACCCUCGCCGCGACCCCCUCCACCGUCGCCCUUCGACCCUUCACGGCUUCGUCGCGCCGCCUGGGCGGUGAUGCCCACCACCAUGAGUCGCCCUACGAGCCUCCCACGGGUUACCUCUUUGGUGUGAAGCCCGGCGAGAAGUACCAGAAGGAGGGCUGGGAGAACCUCAUGUUUUACGUCUUCGUUCCCAGCUGUCUGCUUCUCGUCGUUGCGCUUGCUUUUAAGCCUGAUACCUCUCUCGACACCUGGGCCCUCGAAGAGGCUCGAAGGAGGUUAGAGGCCGAGGGCAUCCUCGAGGAUCCCAGUCCCGAACACGUCCUCCCCGUUGACGAGUACACGAGCACGAGAGAGGGAAAGCAUCCCCCCGUCUAA